GUCAUCAUCCCCACCAUUUUCAUCUUUCUUUCCUAAAUUCAAAUUCUUUUCUUUGUUUCCCCCCAAACCAGUCACAGGAGUUCUCUUUUUCCCUACUUCUUUCCCAGCCCUAAUUUCAUUCGACCCGACCUCCAUUUCUGAACUCAAGCUUUCUUUUCAGUAAAAAUGCCCUUCAUAUCAGACGCCGCGAGUGCCAUUAAGAGCCGGUUCGGAUUUCAUGACCACGCGCCGGAGACCAUCCCUUCAGUCCGGAGCACUCCUGAUAUUUUCAAAUCUGCAUCCAAAGAAAAUUUCAACCAAGCUUCGGCCGUACGGAGCAUCCGUGACUGGGAUGACGAUGACACUGCUAGUGUCGGUGGCGCUAUGGCGGCGUCUUCAUCCAGCCAGUGCUUCGAGAUUUCUGAGGAUCCAUCGUUCUGGAAGGAUCACAAUGUGCAGGUUAUAAUUAGGAUUCGGCCUCUUAGUAGUGCCGAACUGUCAUUGCAAGGUUAUGGAAAGUGUGUUCGUCAAGAGAGCUGUCAGACAAUUACUUGGACAGGGCAUCCUGAGUCGCGAUUUACAUUUGAUGUUGUUGCAGAUGAGAGUGUUAGCCAGGAAAAACUAUUUAAAGUAGCUGGGCUGCCCAUGGUUGAAAACUGCAUGGGAGGCUAUAACAGCUGCAUGUUUGCUUAUGGACAAACCGGAAGUGGCAAGACUCACACAAUGCUUGGAGACAUCGAGGGAGGCACUCGAAGACACAGUGUUAAUUGUGGGAUGACACCUAGAGUCUUUGAAUAUUUGUUUUCAAGAAUUCAAAAGGAAAAAGAAGCCCGCAGAGAUGAAAAAAUAAAGUUUAAUUGUAAAUGCUCAUUUCUGGAGAUAUAUAAUGAACAGAUUCUUGAUCUUUUGGACCCAUCAUCUAGCAAUUUGCAGAUAAGAGAGGAUGUCAAGAAAGGGGUUCAUGUUGAAAAUCUCAAGGAGAUAGAAGUCACAAGUGCUCGAGAUGUUAUCCAACAACUUAUUCAAGGUGCAGCAAAUCGAAAGGUAGCAGCCACUAAUAUGAAUCGUGCCAGUAGUCGUUCACAUAGUGUAUUUACAUGCAUAAUUGAAAGUAAGUGGGAAUCUCAAGGUGUAACUCACCAUCGAUUUGCCCGCCUUAAUCUUGUUGAUUUAGCAGGAUCUGAAAGACAGAAGAGUUCUGGUGCUGAAGGUGAACGUCUUAAGGAAGCUACUAAUAUCAACAAGUCCCUGUCAACAUUGGGACUUGUUAUUAUGAACUUGGUAAACAUGUCACAUGGGAAAUCACUCCAUGUUCCUUAUCGGGACUCAAAGCUUACAUUUCUACUUCAGGAUUCAUUGGGAGGGAAUGCAAAAACUACUAUAAUUGCAAAUAUCAGUCCGUCUAGUUGUUGUUCACUGGAGACUCUAAGCACUUUGAAGUUUGCUCAACGUGCAAAAUUUAUUAAAAACAAUGCAAUUAUAAAUGAAGAUGCUUCUGGGGAUGUGAUUGCCAUGAGGAUACAAAUUCAACAACUUAAGAAAGAAGUAUCUCGGUUACAAGGAUUAGCUUGUGGAGGCGUCGAAAGUCAUGAUAAUAAUACAUUGGCAGUGAGUUUUCCAGGAUCCCCUGGAUUUUUUAAGUGGGAAGGACUCAAUGGGUCAUUUAGUCCACUUAAUUCUGGCAGAAGGAUGUCUCAGAAAAAAGAUUAUGAAGUUGCCCUUGUUGGGGCUUUCAGGAGGGAAAAAGAUAAAGACAUUGCAUUGCAGGCAUUAAAUGCUGAAAAUCAGGCAGUUAUGCAACUGGCAAAGCAAAGGGAAGAUGAGAUACAAGGCCUGAAAAUGAGGUUGCGGUUUCGUGAAGCUGGAAUAAAAAGGCUGGAGGCUGUUGCCUCUGGAAAGAUUUCAGCUGAGACACAUUUGCUGAAAGAAAAAGAGGAAUGUUUAAAGGAAAUUGAGGUCCUCCGGACGCAGGUUAACCGUAACCAAGAAGUGACAAGAUUUGCAAUGGAAAAUCUGAGACUAAAAGAAGAAAUUAGAAGGUUAAAGUCAUUCUAUGAGGAAGGCGAACGAGAAAUGUUGAAUGAACAAAUCAUGGCAUUACAAAACAAGUUGCUAGAAGCUCUGGACUGGAAGCUGAUGAAUGAAUCAGAAUCCUUAAUGAAAACAAAUUCACAUCUGAUGAUAGAAGAACUUCGUGGGGAUGAUAAUCUGGUUUCCAAUAAGGAACCAGAAUUGCCUUGGCAAUCAUCAAUUAGCGAGGAGAAUGAAUUCCUUCGUAUGCAGGCCAUUCAAAACCAAGCUGAAAUGGAUACACUUACAAAGAAGUUGCAAAGCUUCCUUGAAGAGAAAGAAGAUUUGGAAAGGCUUGUCAAAGAUUUGGCGACAAAACUUGAAGAGGAAAGAUCUGCGAAAGCUUUUAAAGAAGAAAUCCCGCAAGUUGAGCUUAAUCCUUUGUCAAGCGAUAUGCCUCUUAUCAAUUUCAGUGAUCAAAUGGAACUGAAAACAAUGGUUGAUGCCAUUGCUGCGGCUAGUCAAAAAGAAGCAGAAGCACAUGAGACAGCAAUUGUUAUGUCUAAAGAGAAUGAGGAGCUGCGUAUGAAGCUUAAGUUUUUGCUUGAAGAUAAUAACAAACUUAUUGAACUCUAUGAAAAGGCUGCAGCAGAAAGCAAUAACAAAAUUACUGCUGAUCCUCAGAGUGCUCAAGAGGAUAUUGAAAUGCACAACAAUGAUGGUAUUGAACAUGGAAAAGAGAGUGGGGUUGAGAUGAACAAAGUAGUUGAAAACUUAGAACAUCAGCUUAUGGAAAUGCAUGAAGAAAAUGAAAAACUGAUGGGUCUGUAUGAGAGAGCAAUGCAGGAGAGGGAUGAGCUCAAAAGAACGCUUUCUUCUUGUGGAGAGCAGAGUGUCAAAACCAAUAGAGAAUUUGAUUGUGCAGAGAAGGUUGUUGAAGUUGAUGGAGAAGGGUCUCCUAUGUCAUUGGAAGCAAGAAAUUUAAUUAACCAAAUUCAACAUCUUGAACUGAACACGCAUGGUGCCAUGAUAGAUGAUAUAGAUAUGUGUACCAAAGAGACUGAUGACUUAUUAAAUGUACACGAUAUUGCUGGUUCAGCUGGUCCUCAACAAGAUUCAGGAAAUGGCAUUGAUAUGGAAACACCCUCCACCUCUGAAGCAGAGACUGAUGACUUAUUAAAUGUACACGAUAUUGCUGGUUCAGCUGGUCCUCAACAAGAUUCAGGAAAUGGCAUUGAUAUGGAAACACCCUCCACCUCUGAAGCAGAGAUGUUAGAUUGCAUUGCAGCUAAGGUGUCAGAAGAUCAAAGAUUGGUUAGAAUGAAGCUGGAAAGUGCUGACAAGCAACUUUUAGAUUCCACCCAAUCUGUAACUCUAUUUAGUUCACUUGAGAAAUUAGUCAUUGAAGUAGGCAAACUCUCAAGGGAAAUUGAAGUCAUGGAAGAUGCCAUUCAGGCCAAGCAGAAAACCUCUGAAGCCCUUAAACUCAACUCUGUUGAAAUGCAAGACAGAAAGGCUCUAAUUCAGAAAAAGUUAACAGCUCUCAAGUACUCUUUGUCCAGUUUUUCUUCAUCAGUGGCUUACUUUGAGCAGCGAGAAGCUCGGGCAACAUUAAGGGUAAAAGCUUCAACAGUUUAUCUAGACCAAAAGAAAAAGGAGUUGGCCCAUCUAAGUGCAAAGAAGGACGAAAUUCAAGCUUCUUUGAGUAGGAUUCAACAAACUGAAGUUGAAUUGAGUAACAACCAUGCAUGUUUGAAAUCGAAACUGGAGGAAGAAAAUCGGAAACAUGAGAAUGAAAAGGUCCUUUUUGCCAUAGAUAACAUUGAGAAAGUAGACCCCUCACAGAAAAGCUGGUUGGGAGGCAAAGCGACUGAGUUACUAAAGACGGAAGAAGAAAAAACCAAGCUACAAACUGAGGUGAAGCUUUCUCGAGAAAGACUUGGGGUCAUAAGAAGGGAACUUGAGGAUUUGAACAUAAAGUCUGUGAAAGUGAAUGAGGCAAUGCAAACUGUUGAAGUGGAGGUAGAGAAAGCUUCUAGGUCUGUUGAAGAGAUGGAGAUUGCCCUUCAAGGUAUAAUGCAGGAAAAGAAGACGCUGUUGGAAAUGAGAGAUAAUGGAAAGGCAGAAAUCGAAAGUAUGAUUCUCGAAUACCAGCAGCAUCUUUUUAUAGCAGAUUUGAAGGAGGCAGAGAUAAAAAUUCUGGAGGAAGAAUUGCUGGUAGAGUUGAGAAGAAUGCAAGAAUUACAAAAAGAAAGGGCUAUGGCUGCUGAAAAGACAUCCCAGUUACUGGACACAGGUUCUCCUCAUUCAGGUUUCAUAUCAGAAAAGAUGGAAGAAGAACUACUAAGUGUUAGAAAAUCUAUUGUGGAAGCCAAGCUACUGCUUGGAGAAAGCAGCACCUAGUUCCUUGGUCUAUUGUGAUUGCAAUAACUGUAUUUCCACAGUCUAGCAUUCUUACACUUGUAAUUAACAAUCAUUGUUCUUUUGAUUUUAGAUGAGCCAACAAUGCUAGUUGUGCUCAUAAUUGUUUUCUUGAUUUUGAAUUCUGUUAACUGAAUGAAGGCUUGUAUCAUUGUAAAUUAAUAUCUGUUCAAAAGUAUCAGUACUUGGUAGAACUAUUCCCCUUGUUUGAAAUGUUCAUGGUUUUGGAUG